AGGGAAGUGGUAUAAAAAAAAAUGCCUUCUCGCGCAAGAUAACGACCUCGACUUCCCCGUUUAGCCCAACGACGACGCUGGCAGCCGGACUUUGAUGUGAUCGAUUACGGGCAGCCAGUUCGCUAUGUACCAUUCGACUGAACGGAUGCGCGACAGUUGAAGUGUUCGACGUCGGUGAGUUCGUUCGGUCAGUUUUAUCGGUGCCUGAGGUGUGAAUCGAGGCCGUUAUCUAAUCAAACGAGCUGGACAGUUUCCCUCACUUUCAUCUAAACUCCAGCCUCUGUGCGUGUGUGUGUUUGUGUGCUCUCAUUAUAAAGCGUUUGUUCUCUAGCUUGUGUCGUGUCCAUCGAAAAGCGCUUUUUUGAAUCCCAAUCCUCAAAAACAUGCAUCCAAUACGUCCGCCAAUUCCACCAAAACCACGGCUACCUACAGUGGCGGGACACAAUCGAGACUUUCGGGACAGUGGAAUUUCCGUUUCGGAUGACCCGUCCGCAUCGACGGAUUCGCUCCGGCAGCCGAUUAACACCUCCGAUACCAGCCCCGCCACACCCACACCCGGCACACCGAGCGCAGUGCGUCAAUUAGCGAGUCGGUUUGAGUCGAUCGCCCUGCGGCUAAGCAGCCCAACCCUACAGCGAGCGCCACUCGGAGACUCAGAUGGCGGAACACCGCCACCAAUACUGCGCAAACCAUCCACAACGAUGCAGAAGCUGCAAAUGACGGUCGGGAGCGGCCUUGCCGUUGGCAGUAAGGCUAAGCCACAUCCAAUCCUGCGCCCGUCGGCGCACGAUCGUACCCACAUUUCGCGCCGGGCGAGUGCCAUCGCGGAAAGGAUAUACGAUGCGGUGUACGAGAGAGACCGUCCGAAAAUUGAGGAUAAAGAACAUGCCCUUGACGAAGAGUUAGAAGAUCCAACCUCAACCGAUGGCUAUUCUUCCUUUGAGUCAUCCUCCUAUGACGAUGACGAUGACGAUCGAACAGCACCGGACUAUUCCACACGAAAUCGCUACUACUCCAUAACGCUUAACCGGGAAGAGUCCUCCCCAGUGUACGACAUGAUCGUCGAGGAAGACCACAUUCGCAAGGUGAUCAGCGAGCUGAUCGAAAAGGAGCAGAAGUACAUCGAAACACUGGAUCAUGGCAUCCGCAACUACGUGCCGGCAAUGUACGCCCAAACACUGCCGGCUGCGCUGCGCGGUCAGCGCAACGUGAUAUUCAUCAACCUGGAGGAGAUACUGCGCACCCAUCGGGAUCAUCUGCUGCCCGAUCUGGAGCGGGCCGCCAAUCUGUCCUCGUCGCCGCAAGCCUCAAUCAGCAGCGGCCAGAUGGCCGAGAAGGUAGCGGAAGUUUUCCUGCGCUACAUCGAGAGCGAGCGGUUCUACUGCUACGUACGGUUCGCGAUGCAUCAGGCAGAUUCGGAAGCGUUGCGGCUACGGUUCCACGACUACUUCCUGAAGAUACAGCACGAUCUGGACGACAGGCUGGGGCUGAACAGUUUGAUGCUGCAGCCGAUCCAACGGCUACCCCGGUACAAGCUGCUGCUGAACGAGAUGGUAAAGGACCUGCUGAAGGAUGACGAUGGCAAGCGCACAAUGAGCCGCAGGACGGCGCUGCUGUGCAAGGUGGACAAGCGCAUCAGCAUGCUGAUCGAUCGGGUCAAUCAGGCCAUCAGCGUGCACGACAUUCGGCAGUGCAGUGGCAGCCAGGUGGCGACGGGCUCAAGCUUAAAGCAUGGUUCGGAUGUACCGCUGACGCUGAUACUACAGCCGGAAGGCAAUAGGAACCCGGUUAGAGAUACACCCAUCAAUCUGCUCUACCAAGGGAAAUUCCAGCGUCUCUUCGCCGUCGACAUCUAUGACACGAACGUACGCCGCAAGUACAGCGCGAAGCUGUUCGUGUUCGAAAAGCUACUCCUGUACGUAGAAAUCGUUCGCGAUCGGUUGGAGUAUCGGGGCCAUUUCAACGACAACGAAGUCUGCUACCUGGAGGAGGGCAAAAACCGUCUCAUACUCUACGCCGGAGGUCGUGGCAUGCUAGAAAUUAGCGUGCAUUUCGAAACGAGCACCGAGCUGCAACCACUGAUAGCAUUAGUGCACACGAUGACAAAGUCUGUGAUAUACGACUCGGUGGAGAUUGAGGCUCGUGCGUCUUCGCACAUUGUGGAGAGCGUGGAAGAGGAGGAAAAACAGUCGCAAGAUGUCACCGAUGAAGCUGAUAGUUGGGACGAACAGAAGCUAACCACAUCCCUGGUCGAUGCGCAACAGCAGUUCCUGGAGGUGUUGAAGGCAAACCGCAGCUUCUACCUAGACACACUCAGCAUGGAGGUAAAGACGAAGCUAACAACGUUUAUCGGUGCGUUCGAAGACAUCAUGGAGCUCCAUCGCCGGAUCCUGCAAGACCUUUCCCAACCGCUGAUGGAUCCCGACCGGAUAUGUCAGUGUUUUGACCGAUACUUAAAGACUGAUGUUUUCGAUCCCUACUUCGACUACCUCCGUGAGUUCCGGAAGGCUACGAAACUGAUCCAACACUGCCAAACACCUUCGAACUUUAACAACCGUGUCGCGCCCACGGUCAAGCAGUUCACAUUCCUCUGCAUCGAGCAUCUCCAAGAGUACAGCCGCUACUUCAACGUGCUGAUUGUGAAAUACUCGGAAAACAGUACGCUCAACAUCCCGAUCGACACGGAACUCUUCCAGCGGCUCGCGUACGUGCUGGUGCAUCUGAACACGUACCGCAACAAUCUGACGCUCAACUACGAGCUGUUCCUGAUCGACGACCAGGCGGCGGGCUGCGGCUUUGUGUGCUACAACGAGCGUGUCUCGGUGUCGAACCCACCGAACCCGGCCGAUGCCGGUCCGUGCCGGCUGUUCCUGUGCGAAAGGGCCGCCAUCUGCGUGAAGGUACAGGACGUGGCCGAGCACGACCAGCAGGAGGAACGGUUUGUGCGCGUUCUGUUCGUCGAUCGGUUUCAGGACCGCGGUGCACCGAUGCGCAUGCGCAAGAGCAAGCGUGCGCUGCAGCGCCUCAACUUCCUGUUCGAGGGGCAAAAGUUUCGGAUCGAUUUCGCGACCGCCCAGGACCAGAGCACGUUCUACAGCAGCUACGUGAACCGGUACAUCAUGAUAUGAUCUAUUUGUUUCUGUUUCACACGGUGUUACAGCUGUGCAGGGAGAAUUGGGUUUGUUCUGUGCAUUUCCUGGACGCCGGGAUCUACCAAAUACACACCGAAAGAUCUCAGACACAACCA